ACCUGAUGACACUGGAGAAACCUGUUCCUCAUUUAGCAGGACUCACUUCCUUGUUAAAGAUUUAUCAAGGGGCAGCACUGAAAAUCAGUUUUCACUAUUACGAGGAGGAAACAUUAUGGCUGUGCGGUUGUGCUGGUGCCUGGUAGCUACACUUUGUCUGUGGUCUGCCAGCGUUUCUAGUGAGACUCAAGCUGGAGGUAAAUCAGAAGUUGAUCUCGGUAAGAAGGCCAAUAAAGCGAGAAUUCAGGACUUACUCGACUUUGCUGUGAAGGAGUAUAAUAAAAUAUCGAAUGAUCUAUACUUCUACAAGCAAUGCAACACAAUCUCGGCUCAAACGCAGGUUGUUUCCGGAGUAAAAUAUUAUAUAAUUGCCAAUAUUGUACGGACACAGUGUGCAAAAAAUCGUUCAAGUGGUUAUGGUGAUGGCGCGUCCUGUGAUGUGGCAUGUUCCGAUGGGGCGCAGGUAUACGUGUGCCAGUUUGAAGUCUGGGUUAGGGUAUGGUUAGAAGGAAGCGAAAAAGAAAUACUUUUAUCUAGUUCUUGUAACCCCAGUAAUGAAAACCCAUGAGACCAUCGAUUUUUCUUGCAACAAUGUAAUAACGUUUUAAACUCUGUUACCUAUUGUAUAUCAUUGCGAAUAAAAAGCAAACCAUUAA